AUGGAAAAAGGAAAAGAGAAGAGGGUUUCCAACAAAUUCCAACAAACUUUUCAUCAUUCUAAAGAACCUACCUUCCUUAUCAACCAAGCCAUCUUCUAUAGUGACUCUCAUUCUAGUGGUUUGCCAGAAACAAAAAGUGUCAAUCUUUCUGAAAAAAUAAGGACAAACAUCCAAAGAAAUAGACCUGGAACUGUGAUAUUAUCGAGACGAUCAAGUAGGAAAAUUAUGUCAGAAAGUCAGUUUAAGCCUCCUGUGAUUCCGUCCCGCAGGCCUGGAUUUAGGGUGUGCUAUAUCUGUGGCCGAGAGUUUGGAUCCCAGUCGCUGGGCAUUCAUGAGCCCCAGUGCUUGGAAAAGUGGCGUAUUGAAAACAGCAAGCUGCCCAAUCACCUGAGGAGGCCAGAACCCUCCAAGCCACAGCCUCUCAGUGGCAGCGGAUCCUACAGUCUUAGGGCAGCUAAUGAGGCAGCUUUCCAGAGCGCCCAGGCUCAGCUGAUACCCUGUGAAUACUGUGGUCGCACAUUCUUGCCAGAUCGGCUUCUAGUUCACCAGAGAAGCUGCAAGCCAAAGGAUGAGGGUCCCAGAGCAUCAAACACCAACAGUUCUGAUGAUCUUACUAGUCUCAUGAAAGCAUCUCGUGGAAUCGCAGCAAGACCAAGGACUCUCAUCUGCUACAUUUGUGGACGGGAAUUUGGCACCCUGUCCCUUCCUAUUCAUGAACCCAAAUGCCUGGAAAAAUGGAAAAUAGAAAAUGACCGUCUCCCUAGGCAGUUACGCAGACCACUCCCACAGAAGCCCCGGCCUCUUUCUACUGAACAGUCCAGUCAAGAGGAGCCAAGUCAAGUUCAGUUUGUGCCCUGCCCAAACUGUAACCAGACCUUUGCUCCAGACCGUCUUCUGGUACAUCAAAGAAGUUGUAAAGUUCAAUGUAGUGGAGCAAAGGGUCAGAAUUUCACCUUAGGGAGCAAAGGUGGCCUAAAUGCAUCCAAGCAAAAAAGGAACACGGCAGCACCCACUGCGUCUGAUAAGCCAGCAAUGAUAAGACGUCCACCAACUAUUGUUUGCUACAUUUGCGGUCGCGAAUAUGGAACAAAAUCUAUAAGUAUCCAUGAGCCUCAAUGUCUUAAAAAAUGGCAUAAUGAAAACAACUUGUUACCUAAGGAGCUAAGGAGACCAGAACCAAAAAAACCAGAAGUCAGGGCCAUUACUGGCAAAGGUUUCUAUGAUCUUGAUGCUUUAAAUGAAGCUGCUUGGACAAGUGCCCAGAGCCAGUUGGUUCCUUGUAAUAUUUGCGGGCGGACCUUCCUGCCAGACAGACUGAUUGUUCACCAGCGAUCUUGUAAAACCAAAGCUGCCAAGUAA